AUGGAGACCAUCAAGAACGCCGCCAACUACGUUUCCGAGUCUGUCCAGCAGGCCGGCGCCACUACCUCCAAGGAGGCCAACAAGGAGGUUGCCAAGGACAACAACGCCAGCCUCAGCAGCCGUGCCACUGCUGCCAAGGAUGCCGCUGGCGACAAGAUGGACGAGAGCAAGCAUGAGACUCAUGCCGAUGUCCACAAGGAGGCUGCCAAGCACUAA